AACAAUUUACUAAUGAUCGAAGAUGGCGGACGAGAGUAUCCAAGCUUUUCCGACUGUGUCUUCGGACGUUACUGAAGAAGAACAAAAUCUAUCUUUAAAAGAGAAGAUCAACUUAGUCGACAGUGAGAUUCGUAAGCUAUAUGAGUUUUGUGUCAAAGCCGGUUACACUCAGCCACAAAUAGAGCAAUGUGCACAACCUUUACUUGCUGUCCAGAGCAAGGAAAAACACAUUCACUGGCUUAGAUUGUUGUUUUCAUUUGCUUUGCUGGCGGCAUUGAUCGUCUUCUUGUUUUAUUAUGAUCCCACCUACCGUAAAAUCUGUAUUUAUGGCAAGUUCGUAGCUAUGAAGGUUCUACCAUAUUGGGACUGGACAGAAAUUUACAACUAUGAAUGUGUCAUUGACAACCCUUACUAUGUUCAAGAUCAGCUAACUGAAGAGGAUUGUAAUGUAUGCAAAGAUUUCCAAACAGUAAUGAGGGUAGCUAAUAUUAGUACCAGCAGAGUAGCUGAUGAUUUUCUUUUUUCCAACAUUCCUGUGAUUGUCACUGAUGCUAUGGAUGAUUGGGAAGCUCUUAAAAUGUUUCAUCUCAAUUUCUUGACUGAGAUCUAUGAAAACAAUGAAAUUUUAAAAUACUCCGGCACAGAAUGCCAGUUUGAAACAACCUUACCACAGUACCAGACUCCUCAGCAACUUCUUUCGGCUGUUAAAAGUGGGGAAGAACAAAAAUUUCAGGCCUUCUGGGAGAAUUGUGAGAAAGAAGCUGCCAAAUUGUUUAGAAAGUAUUACCGACGUCCCUACUUCAUGCCACCUAUGACAGAGGGAACAGAAGGGAACUGGUUCAUAGUCUCCUUGGGAGAAAACAAAACUUUAAGUGUAAACUGGGAUUGCUCAGCCACUUGGAUGGCUCAGGUCAAACAAACUGCAAAAUUCAUUUUGAAACCAAAUGAAGUUUGUAAAAGUAUUUGCCGUAAAGUUUUGGUGAAGGUGGAACCAGGAGAAGUUUUGACUGUCCCUAACAGCAUGUGGAGUGUGUCAUACAAACCAGUUGGAACCGAUCCAGUUGUUACCUUUGGUUCAGGAGUAACUUGGGAUUGAAGUUAAUCUCUUGGCUUAUGUAAUUUUUCACAUGUAAAUUUCUCUGACACCAAUUAAGUUGUAGAUUAAGAGGAUUUUCUACCUUAAAUCCAGAGGGAAAGGAAAUAAAAAUGUGAGCUGUAACAAA